UCAGAAGUUAUCAGAGGUAGAUGGCAAUGUGUAAUUUGAAACACAGAGCAGCCUUGAUUUUAUUGACUGAUGGAACGGGCUUGAGCAGCCAAAAUGGUCUACUUCUACAACUAUUUGAAUCCACUUACAGAAGCAAGUGACAUGACUAAUAAGCCAGCCAGUACACUGCGUACAAACACAUUUCAUCAAACGUAAUGGAUUACAUGGUUUUUGAUCUUCCAGAAUUCCCUAGAUUCUAUAACAGACAAUGCGUACAGUUGCACUGUUUCCCUGCACCUUUGGCUAUAGGUGCAGUUGCACUCCCUUUCUGAUCUCUCUCUGCACCUUAUUGCUGCCUAUAGGCGCAGUUACACUUCUUCCUGGUCACUCGCACUCUUUGUAUCUUACAGCUGCUUGUGGGUUGUUACACUGUUCUAGCUGCACUCCAGCUCUCACAGUCUACAUGCUGUGAUGACAGUGUUGCUGUUGCAUGAUUUGAGUCAUGAGGCAGGAUUGAUCCCAGAAUACACUGUGGUCUGGAGUUGAGUUUGAGCUGACAGUAGCAGCUGGAAAUGGCUGAAGUGGGCAGCAGUCUCUUAGAGCAGCUCAAAUCCUGUAUCGUCUGGUCCUGGACGUACUUGUGGACGCUGUGGUUUUUUCUGAUGCUUUUCCUGGUUUACAUCCUGCGGGUUCCUCUGAAAAUCAACGACAAUCUGAGUACAGUGAGUAUGUUUUUGAAUACAUUAACCCCCAAAUUCUACGUUGCUCUGACAGGCACAUCUUCUUUGAUCUCUGGGCUUAUUCUGAUAUUUGAAUGGUGGUAUUUUCGAAAGUAUGGGACAUCAUUUAUUGAGCAGGUAUCAGUCAGCCACUUACGACCCUUGCUUGGUGGGGUGGACAACGCUGCCCCCAGUAACUCCACCUCCAAUAAUGGAGAGACUGAUUCCAACAGACAAAGUGUAUCAGAAUGUAAGGUGUGGCGGAAUCCACUCAAUUUAUUUAGAGGAGCAGAAUACAAUCGGUAUACAUGGGUAACGGGAAGGGAGCCUCUGACAUAUUAUGACAUGAAUCUUUCCGCACAAGAUCAUCAGACUUUCUUCACUUGUGAGACUGACCACUUGCGGCCUGCAGACGCUAGUAAGAAGGACUUAAUGCAGAAAGCUUGGAGAGAGAGGAACCCACAAGCAAGAAUUUCAGCAGCGCAUGAAGCCUUAGAAUUAAAUGAGGUAUUUUACCAUUGGCGUCCACUGCUACAGCCGCUGCAAGCAAAGAGAAGGACCCAAAAUGGAAUAAACUUCACAAUAUGUGCCACUGCGUACAUUCUUUUGGCUGAAGAAGAAGCCACUACUAUUGUGGAAGCAGAAAGACUUUUUAAACAGGCACUAAAAGCAGGGGAGGUUUGUUAUAGACGUAGCCAACAACUACAGCACCAUGGAGCUCAGUAUGAAGCACAGCACAGUAAUUCCACAGUUAGGAUAGCUUGUUUACACAACAGCAGAAGGAACUGCUUAUUCCAGAACUCAGAUAUUAGCUUACCAAAGUCAGCAACAAUAUGCUACACAGCAGCACUACUUAAAGCAAGAGCAGUCUCUGACAAAUUCUCACCAGAGGCUGCCUCAAGGCGAGGGCUGAGUACUGCAGAAAUGAAUGCUGUAGAAGCAAUACACAGGGCAGUAGAAUUUAACCCACAUGUACCCAAAUAUUUAUUAGAAAUGAAAAGUUUAAUACUUCCACCAGAACAUAUUCUGAAGAGAGGAGACAGUGAAGCAAUAGCAUAUGCAUUCUUCCAUCUUCAACACUGGAAACGGGUAGAAGGAGCUCUCAACCUAUUACAUUGUACCUGGGAGGGAACUUUUCGAAUGAUCCCCUAUCCCUUGGAAAAAGGUCACCUUUUUUAUCCAUAUCCAAUUUGCACAGAGACUGCAGACAGAGAAUUGCUGCCAUCAUUUCAUGAAGUUUCAGUGUAUCCCAAGAAGGAGCUUCCAUUCUUCAUCCUGUUCACAGCCGGCCUGUGCUCCUUCACUGCCAUGUUGGCUCUCCUCACACAUCAGUUUCCAGAACUCAUGGGAGUCUUCGCGAAAGCUUUUCUCAGUACAUUGUUUGCUCCAUUAAACUUUGUGAUGGAAAAGGUUGAAAGCAUUUUGCCUUCAAGCCUGUGGCAUCAAUUGACACGGAUCUAAGAAGAAAGGAGUUGUGAUAGACUGACUUACCAUGACACCUGUGCCAAGCUCACAUCUUGCAGAGUGCAAAACAGCAUGAAAAAGGGAUGAAAAUCUAUGACUUUAAGACUCUAUAUGCUAUGUUUUGUUCUUACGUGGACAUGUUUUCUGUUGUACCAAACAAAAGUUGUUGUUGUUCUAUUUUAUUAUUUUGCUUUUAGCAAAAUUCUACAAAAAUAAACAAAAAAG